UUAGUUUUGUGUACUUCUUGGUACGUGUCUUCACUAAGUUUCAGCUUUUUAGUUUUCCCCCUGUGCCCCCUUUGUCAUCCCCCAAACGCAAGUUUAAUACGAAUAUGGCUGCAGCAGUCGCGAGACAAGCCCCAUAUCGCUGGGGAAUAUGUUCUACCGGAAACAUUUGCAAUGACUUUGUGACCUGCUUGCAGUACUUGAAGCAGAAAAAGGGGCGAGUGGAAGUAGCGGCCGUUGCCGCCCGGUCUUUGGAAAAGGCACAGCAAUUUGCGGACAAGUUUUCCAUUCCGUCUGCAUACGCCUCCUACACGGAUAUGUUUAAGGACCCGAACAUCGACGUGAUAUAUGUUGGUGCGAUUCAUCCUAUGCACAAGCAAAUCGUUUUGGAAGCACUUCGGAACAAGAAGCAUGUCUUGUGCGAAAAACCGAUGGGAAUGAACUUGCAAGAGGUAUACACACUGUUCUUGCAGAAGCCAGAGAAGAUUUCAUCUGGUGAUGUAUCGUAGUAGCCGCACGUAUAAACAUUUUAAUUUUUCAUUUCAAUAUGAAGAGAAGAAGCUGAAGCCUGAGGUGAGCUGAGGUCUACAUGAACAACCACGACGAACAGGUCCUGAGUAUGCAAAGUGCGGCUUUGGAGAGCAACUGCCUGCUGCAGGAGGCCAUGUGGACUCGAUUCACCCCUCUGACAAAGAAGGUGCGAGAAUUGGUGCAGGAGCAGCGCGUCCUCGGGGACUUGAAAUUUAUCCAGGGGGAUUUUGGCGUGCAGUUCCCGAGGAGCGUAAAGAGAAUAUGGGACCGAGAUAUGGGUGGAGGAGCGCUGCUAGAUAUUGGUAUAGAAGUGCUUCGUGAUCAUUCUCCUUCUCGUCCAUCUCUACUACUUGAUGAUGAAGUCAUGGAUGUCCUCGAUGUCCGACAAGAUCGAUGGUGACUCAAAUUGACUUCCAUUGCUUUGUCGCAUGUAGUACUGCCUAGUUGUAUCCGCACUCAAACGCAGCUGGCCUGCGGCAAAAGACCUACUUGAGCGACACAACUAGUACACCUUCGAAUCUCCAGGUAUCUACCCGCUCCAGUUUCUUUCCGGUCUCCUCUACCCUCGCCCACCGUCCCCGGAGCAGCCACGACAGCCGCCGGACCCUGCUGACCUUCCCCAGCCAAAAAGCUGCAAGGUUGAGGGUUCCAUCGACGCAGAAACGGGUGUGGACACCGCGGGCGUGUUCUCCGCCACGUAUGAGAACGAUAUAACUGCUGUGGUAAGUUGGAACGCGCUGUGCCAAACCCCGGAGGAGCUGAUGAUCGCGGGCACGAAGGGGUGCUUGAGAAUCCACAGCCCCGCACACUGUGCCACCAAGGCAACGUUGUCCAUACAGGAAAACCGAGAGAGCCAGAAGGAAGAGAAGAUCGAUAUGACCUGCUCAGGUGUUACAAUCUCAAACGUUACAAUAGAGUCUGGAAUUUGUCUUGCAUGACCAGCAUGAGUACCAUACAGAGACUUGGGCUUUUCGCAAUACAAAUUUGGUCAGAUUCUCAUGGGGUUUGGGGCUCCGAAACUUGUCACGCAUGCUCCUUUGGGAGUAGGCCAGAUGUUGCGGAUUUUGCAACACAAAUUCCAAAUUCUAUUGUAACGUUUGAGAUUGUAACACCUGAGCGGGUUAUAAUCGAAAUCCCGCUGCCGCCGGACAUGGACCUAUCCUGUGCAAAAGUAUCGUACUCGUAUAAAUGCAAGUCUUGCAUUACAAAUCUUGUUCCCAAGGCAAAUCCGCAUUACAAGUCUUUAUAUCUCAUGCUGAGAAAAUUUGUAAUGCAUUUAUACGAGUGCGAUAGGAUACUUUUGCAAUUCAUAGGACCGCUCGAAGUUCAAUUUCCCCAACAGCGAACUGAUCAUGUUUGAGGCAGAAGCGGUGUGCGACGCGCUGGACAAGGGAAGGCUGGAAUGUGCAGACUACGGCUGGGCCGAGACGCGUCACGUCACCGGGCUGAUGGAUAUGAUACGGAAAGAGCUCGGGGUGGUGUACCCGUCAGACAAGGAAGUCAAGUGAUGCUGUGAAGAAUGUUUCACGCUUGCGUCAAAGCGAAGUUCAAGUUGAAGUUGUGCUACCAAGUAGAAAAUAGAUGGACAACUACCGCCAAAAUGAAAAUUGAAAUUAGCGACCUUCGUUCUACCGUGUGUGCAUUCAGUGGCAGUCCGGGGCAGGAGAAUGCACUAAGAUGAAAAUCCAAAAGUCUUUCUUCCAAUCAAAAACCGCGCAAGUGGAUUUUCAUUUUUUGAUAUACCUAUCGCAACAACCUACUCUUCGGCUUGAAGCAAACUAAGCCAAGAAAUCAGAAUCUUCACCGAGAAGGAGAU